UCCGCGCAGACGUCUGUCUCUCCCUCGCUCUUCUUUGCUCGCUCGUCUCCCGCUGCAGAGCCGCUGGACCCAGUCCCGACAGGACCCACCUCAGAGGGGAGCAUGGAGCUGCUGUCCACGCCCCACAGCAUCGAGGUCACCAACAUCACCUGUGACUCCUUCCGCAUCUCCUGGUCCAUGGAGAACACCGACCUGGAGCGGGUCACCCACUACUUCAUUGACCUCAACAAGAAGGAGAAUAAGAACUCCAACAAGUUCAAGCACCGGGAUGUUCCCACCAAGCUUGUGGCCAAAGCUGUGCCCCUGCCCAUGACCGUGCGAGGACACUGGUUCCUGAGCCCCCGCACGGAGUAUAGUGUGGCAGUGCAGACGGCUGUCAAGCAGAGCGAUGGGGAGUACCUGGUGUCCGGCUGGAGCGAGACCGUGGAGUUCUGCACUGGGGAUUACGCCAAGGAGCACCUGGCGCAGCUGCAGGAGAAGGCAGAGCAGAUCGCCGGGCGCAUGCUCCGCUUCUCCGUCUUCUACCGCAACCACCACAAGGAGUACUUCCAGCAUGCCAGGAACCACUGCGGCAACAUGCUGCGGCCCUACGUGAAGGACAGCAGCGGCAGCCACGGCUCCCCGACCAGCGGCAUGCUCCACGGGGUGUUCUUCAGCUGCAACACGGAGUUCAACACGGGCCAGCCCCCGCAGGACUCCCCCUACGGCCGCUGGCGCUUCCAGAUCCCCGCCCAGCGCCUCUUCAACCCCAGCACCAACCUCUACUUCGCAGACUUCUACUGUAUGUACACGGCCUACCACUACGCCAUCCUGGUGCUGGCCCCCAAGGGCUCCCUGGGGGACCGCUUCUGCCGUGACCGCCUGCCCCUCCUGGACAUUGCCUGCAAUAAGUUUCUGACCUGCAGCGUGGAGGACGGGGAGCUGGUCUUCCGCCACGCCCAGGACCUCAUCCUGGAGCUCAUCUACACCGAGCCAGUCGACCUGUCCCUGGGCACGCUGGGCGAAAUCAGUGGGCACCAGCUCAUGAGCCUGUCCACUGCUGACGCCAAGAAAGACCCCAGCUGCAAGACCUGUAACAUCAGCGUGGGCCGCUAGGGACUCCUGGGGAGCAGGGGUGGGGGGAGGGGGGCCC